AUGCAUAAUUCAUAUGGUCAACUCAAUGACGUUAUAUGUCACAAAGAAAUGCAAAAUAUGGUAAGUAAACCGUAUCUUAUACAUAUUAAUAGUUCUAGCAAAGCAUGCAAAUGCUUCUCAUAACACAAAACAACUUUACGCGACGUCCCUUCCAACCUUCUAUCCAAGGUCCUGAGCAAGCGAGGUAGUCCGCAGCAUCAGCUCGCAAAAAUACCGACAACGCAUUUGCAAAUAUCUACACUACGCUUGGAGUUUUUCCACCAAGCAUUAAACACUAACACACUAUGGCAUUUUUACUUCUCACUCAUACAAAACAGACCCUAAUAUAGGCAGUCGUUUUGACAAGUGAAAACCUUCAAAAUAAUGCUUCAUGUGUCGGCGCCGGCCCGCCAGUAUUAAAAAUGCGCCAUGUGGCGCCAUUAAACUCGCGAUAGAAGUCUCGUAAAAAAAGCCAUGAAAGGGCAGUUGGGCUGUCAAUUUCCCGUUUGUUAUCCAAAAUGACUGAAAAUUGCAAACUUGGCAAGGCUAUAUUAUCCGCAUUUUACAACAUUGCGCAAAGAAACAUUGGAAUAUUAUAAAUAAUUUUUUGAUGCUCUUUCAAGCUGUGAUGAAAUUUUUGUCUAGACUUAUGUAAAUCAAAAUAUAGUGUAUUUUACGCAAGUGGUCAAUUCGCACUCAUUCAUGUAUAAUGCGCACUGUCUGUCAUAAUUAUUGCAUCAAUUAUUGCUUUAGGAUGACGGUACAAACGAAGAUUCUGCGAACGUCGCAGACAAAAGAAGCUAUGUCCCUUCUGGUAGCACGCCCCACAAACCACCGAGGAAAAGAUCUCUCGUUGGUCCAAGUCCAUUAAAAUCAGCUAAAAAAUUAACUUUUACAAAGCAGCCAUCUCCUGCCCAGAGAGUAAGCAAAUGAUUUUACGUUAAUUCGUAAUAAAAUUUAUGUAUGUUUAAUAUGUAUGUUUAAUAUGUAUAUAUGGUUUAAUAUUAAUUAGUAUGAAUAAUGACUGUUUAAUAUAGUAUUAAAUUAUAUCAAUCCCUCUCACAGGCAGCGAAAUACCUCGUAACAAGAGCCAAGGGGCGCCAUUCACCAAAGCAGCUAACAUUCUCUCCGAAACAAAAAAGAAAUGUGUGGACGUCAGAAGAAGAUAAGUCAUUAAUUGAGUUUAUUGCCCUCCACAGAGAUCUGCAACCUACCAGUAGUGACUGGCCAAGUAUGAGAGUGCAACAUAAAUAUUGGGAGAAAGCUGCACAAUUCAUUAAAGAAAAUGCACCAACGGUUCAUAUCAGACCUUGUAAGUCACAUUGCAGUUAUCUCAUGCUUUUUUGCUUUUAUGGGUUAACAUGUUUAUGAUUGUGUGUAAUGCACCUGUCAAUGUUAAGCUGCAGGGGAGGAGAAUGGGAAAUCCUGAAGGAUUUGACAUCAUAUAUACCCCUGUAGGUGGGAAAUUCGACAUCAACCGCCAUCCCCAGAGAGAGGAUAUUUUAUUACCGUGCUGUGGCCUGGCGGUCUGAUGAUAUUGUGUGACAUUCACCUUUUUUUAUUAUUUCACAGUGACUAUCAUCCCAAGAGUGGCCAGUAUGAUGUCACCUCAAUAAAAAAUGUUGAAUGCCCUUGUGUUUGCCACCACCUAGCUCACACUUAACAUUUACAAGGUGCAUGGUGAUGCAUAAUCAACCAUUUAGUUAGAGUAACACAAUACUUUUUCCACUUUAAUUAAUUUAUAUUUUUCUCUAUCUCUAGCAUAGCAAUGUCUAUACGUUCAAGAGUGUCUUUCCUCAAGACCAAGUUUUCAUCAAUUGACAAUGCUGAGGACAAUCUUGGUCUGACUGUUAGUCACUACAUGAGCACUGAAACACCAUGUACCAACUUGAGAAAUUCAGAAAGGAUGUCAGAGCAAGUGCGAAGAAAUGUUGACCCUCUGAUUCUAACGAAGGAUGACAAGAUUUUGUUAAUAAAAAAGUAUAUGGAAACACUAACUGAAGAUGAAAAGAUGGAAUGCAUACAUGAGAUUUACGAUGAUAGAUGUGAACUAUUAUCACUAAUAACUAAGCUAUUUACAAAAGUAAAUGAAAAAGUUGGUAUUUGUCAAACAACUGAACAGCAGUUAUUCAGCAAACAUUUAGAUGAACUAUACUUCAAAAUUGCGGUAAUGGAAGGAAUACGUUCAAAUCCAAAGCAUUUUAUUACAACAUCAAUCAAAGCCAUGAAACGACUGCAAGCUGAAAGCAGAUGUAAUCUCGUCUAUAAGUUCUGCCAAAUGCUGACUGAUGUGAAUAAUUUUGACCAGUCUAGUUAUUUGAUGAGAUUGGACAGAAUGCCAUUUGGCCUGCUUGAUUAUGUCAUACAGUUCUUCACAUGCACAAACACCAGACAGGUACUGCAAUUUGUUUGAUUCAAGUAACACUCUUAAUAUAAGUAACACACCACUAUUUGUCCUGAAAAACAGGUUAUUUAAAUAACUUCUACUGUAUCUAUUGACUGUUUAAGAUAUGUGAGCCCGAGGACUACCGCAUUUGGCUGGAAACAAUGGAAACCGAAUUUCCUAGUAGAUUUCAUCGCUUGUUUGCUGGACCUAUGUGGAGCAACCAGGAGACAAAAUAUUAUGGGAAUCCACAUAAGGUACUGGUUGUUCUACUGUUCGGGAAGAUCAUUUUUGUUAAUCUUAUUAAUUAUUUAAAAUGAGUACCAGAUUGACAAAUCCUAUGUCAAUGAGUGGUAAAUGUUGCAUCAAAUUUCUAGUCACUUUCAAUCAUAAUAUACAUUCGGGACUAAAAUACUGUACAAAGGCAAUGUGAUACGACUCAUACCGGUACCAGUUAACAUUAGAUAAUAUUUUUUGGAUAAACGUAUAACAACAAGCCUGUAAAUUGCUUAGGGUGGCAUUUAAAUGUUUAAAUUAAAGUAAAUUUUUUUGUAGGCAUUAACCAAUGUUCCAUGUACAAGUCUUGUGUCACAUUGGAGCAAGUCCAAGAAAUAUACUAGUUUUUCCGCUACUACAGAUAUUCAGGUAAUUCUUCAGUCACAAUUUGAGUCUGUCAGUUCAAUUGACUGAGUCUUGUUCCACACAGUAUUGGCUUUGAUGAUUACAUUUUAUCAACAGUAAUUUUGAUCAGAGUAAUGUACUUCAAAAUUUGCUUAAAGGGGUUAACUAGAGUAAUAGAGUAUUGAUUUGUGCUCAAAAAACAUUUUGCUUGAACGUACUGCAAUGUUUGGUAAGUGUGAUUAAUUACACUGGCCUGUAGGCCAAGUGUCUUAAAUCCCUCUUUUUCUGUUUUUUUCGUAGUCGAGAAAUCGAGUUUGCGUUAGCGCAUCGCAGGCUCAAGGUGCAACGAUUAAGCCAAAAUGCCAUCGAUUCCCUCCGUUCCAUGAUUCAAAUAUAAUAGCAACAAAUUACGUAUUUAUGUACGUACUAGCUGACCCAUGCCAUGCUUGUGGUACAUUUUUCGUUUAUUAGCCUAUACACUUGUACGCACGCGCACAAUUCCGAACUGCAAUGGCGGAUUUUCACAGAGUGAUCAAACUAUAUUUUACACAGUUGCGUUGAAUUUUCAAAGAAUUGUGCCGGUUUCCUAUGUAUUUUACGUUGUGUCGUACUCUGGACUUUCUUGCGUGUUGAAUUAAUGUGUUUUUCUUUGUGUAAUGACUCGAAAACCACAAAAUAUAAUAUUUAGUACUCCACGAAAUAUAAUCCGCACGAAAAGCUUUGUGGUAGCUAUACUGAAAGAUAAAGCGUGCGUUCAAAAUACCAACAAGAACUAGAACCAUUAUUGUAUAAUUUGUAUGGUUCUCAUUUGCUAGACUUGCCACAAGUCAACCUCGAAGAAACGCAUUUCGUUCGAGGUCGACUUGUGGCAAGUCUACUCAUUUACAAUAACAUUAGUUCGACGCGAAUUUUAAUACAAGUAUGGUAUCAUAUUUCAUAAUACAACAAUGUAAACUAGCCAUACAUUUUGCCGAACAUAACUUCGGCCCCUUUGGACAUAUCUUUUUCGUGAUAAUGUUAUUGGAACCAGAAUCGAAAACAUUAUUUAUAGUGUUAUUUUCAAGCUUGUGUCUUGAGAUUCUCAUCUUUUAUUUCGGUAUUUACAGAAUAUUUAUAUUUUUAGCGCGGCCCAUGGAACGCACAUGAAAACAACGUGCUGUUAGGAAAAACCGGAAAUCGAUUCUGUAGGUCGGCAUGAUUUGCACGUGCAUCGAUCUCCAUUACGUCUCCCGAAAAGGUCUUUUAUUUUUUUAAAAAGUCUAUAAAAUUUGCUUGCGGUUUAAGAUUUGUAUUCCUGCCUUUUGCACCAUAGCACGUAUCUCGUUAUUUUCAGGCCAGUGUGAACGCCUGAGCAGGCGUCUUGUUAAAUAGAAUAUGGUCAGUUGCAUAUAGGGAUGAACACAAAACCAUUGUUUAUUCUCAAUCAAAACUUUAGUGUUUGUCAAGAGCAUUUGAUAGGUUUCAAUUGGAUCAGCCAAUCAUGUUUAACUAGCUUCACACUUAUUGGCUGAGCUAAUUUAAUUCUUUAAUGUUUGUUAUACAUUACAAACAUUGAAGUUUCUUUUAAGAAUAGACCGUGUUUUUGUCUGCUUCUCUCCAUCCUUAAAUACAACCAAAAGAAAUUUUUGGUAUUUUUUUCUCAAGGUUUCUGCUCUUGAUCAGUUGAAACAAACAAAUGGCCGAUUUUGGAUCAAGAUUGACGGCACCGACAUCAAGACUGCACUUAUGGAAUCUGCACGCCGUGUGUGGAAUGGAGAUGUUGAUAUGAAUGAUGGAGAAUUGAAACAGCUAAGAGAGCAGUAUGAAAAUCAUUUGACAGACGUUGAUAAGUUCAGCAAAUCAGAUUGUCAAGAUUUGCAAAUAAAUGGAACCAAGCUCAUUAACAUGUUUAAGAAUGAUAUACCAUACUUGUCUAACACAAUUUUACUCGUCAAGGGGAGAGCGCUGGCACUUAAUUAACCUAUUUACAGUGUACAUUAAACACUUCCCCCUUGACAAGUAUAUUGUCAUGUGUUAAUUGAAUAGCAAAGGAUGGUGCGAAAAAGGUCUCAUCGAGACUUGUGUUAACACGAGAAUGGGUUAACAAGAGAAUUAUGGGCAGUCACUGUGGUCUUGUUAACCCAUCAAUUGUAAUACUUUCCCCUUAAUGAGUAAAUUGUUUUGCAUUGGGCAGUAAAAUAGCAAAGGUCACAUCAGAUGUUUAUUGUUUUAUAUUUUGUAUGCUCUAGGUACUGUAACAGAUGGUGAAUUUUGUUCAUUAAGGAGCCAAGGGGAAACAAGACCUCUGCACAUUUGGCAGUUAAUCCAUGACAGCAAAGAAGCAGUGCAGAAAAUGUCAAAGAAAACCCUCUUAGCAAUGCUGAUAAAGUGUGGAGGUAAGCAAUUUAUAAAAGAAGGAAAUAUACAGGGUAUGUAAACAUGGACUAGAUUACCUAAGUGACAGGGUCAUUUUUGCAAUUACAGUACCAUACUUACAGUAGGUGUCCAACUAGUUCUAAUAUCAGACUAUAACUCAAUUUUAUAAGAUUUUGUAUUUAUCAGCCAUGUUGGUACAAUUAAUAUAUAAUUUCAGUGCAGUUAUCUGUAUUGAAGAUUAAUAUCAAUAAAAAAGGACGAAUAUUGGUGUUGUACCAUUGCUACAUUAAAAGGGAUGUCAUUUAGCAUAUUUUUUUGUUCUUUACAGAAAGUGAAUGUGGAGAUCCUGUGGUGAAAAAACCAAAUGCAGCAAUCCCACACAGUUUUAUCAACCUAAUCCACAACCUGCAAAUAUCUGAAAACCUUACCUUGGAAGAUGCAGUGAAGCAAGUCAGGAAUAGUUUGGUUCCAGUGGGCUAUACUCCAUAUCCAUUCAAAAAGGAUACAGAAGAAUCUUUUCUUGAUAUGCUGAGGAGCUUGGUUGCAACAUGCAUAUACAGAGAUGCGAUCAAACACCUGAAGGGAAAUGGUGUUGAUUUUUCCCUCUACAUUUAUGUUCCUGAGGUAGAUCCAAUCACCAAAGAUGUACGACAUGAUCGGAGUGACCAUAAUCACCUUUUCCGACGAGCUGUAAAGAGCAUUCGAGAUGGCAACCAUCAAGGUCUCAAUUUUGAAGCAUUUGAUGAUAUUCUUCUUGAUCCUGGCAGUGGCCUGACACAUUCAGCCCUUAUCGGUUUGAGAAAGCAGUCACUUGUUGAUGCAGAACGACUGGUUUCAAAAUUUGUUGUUCGGUCACUCAGAAAAAGUGAACAUGAGAAAGAAGCUCAGCAUGUACAGCUGCUGGUGAAUUGGCAUGAGGCUACUGAUGGGCGUAGUCUAACACAACUACAAAGGUGUAGAUACAACUACAACAUGCUCAAUUAUAUAUUGGACGAAUGGAUGCCAUGGCACAAAGAUUGCUAUGAUUUCUCAACUAUUGACAUUAACAG